GCAGCAGCGCGCGGUGAGAGGAGUAAAUAAUGGCUGAGGCGGUGAGUGUCUGAAACAACUGAUGUACUUUACUGUGUUAAUACUUCCUAAUUGAUCAUCUACAUCGUAAAUUGGAAGAAUAAUGUUGCUAUAUUUAAACCUGCUCCUAGAGAAACAUGUUUGCUUUUAGUGGGGAGGCCGAUAAAACUCUCUAAAAUGUGGAUUAACGGCGUUAGCUGUGGGUGUUAUGUUAGCUUUCCCAGUUGUAACGUUUAAUCGGAGCUCUUCAGAAUGAAAGCACAAAGUUAACAAACAGAACCUUUCUUAACACACCGCCAGCUACUGACCCUUUUGGUUUCACUUUCCCUUCAAACAGUAGAACAUUAAACCGUCUCUCUGGCCACAGAAAUACAGCUUGAGAGUUGUCAGACUGGAAAGUGUACCAAGAAUAGUGCCUUUUUUACAUUAUUACAGCGAGUAAGUGCUUAGCUAGCUAACUGUAGGUCAGUGUUAGCAUUCUUCUACAUUCUUUGACAGUUGUUUUGUAGCUUAAAACAAUGCAAUCUCAUUUGACAGGCACAGUAGUUAAAAUUAAUAAAAGUUCUAAGCUAGCACCAAUUUAUUGCUGUACUCGUGAGAUUUUGGGGUUGGACCUUUCCUUAUGUCCCGGGCUUAAGUUAACUCCUGUGGUCGAGUUUUAGGGAAUUAUGAAGUGUAGGGGCUUACUGAUUCAAUUUCUGGAUAUUUCAUGCUGAGAGAGUCCUUAGACCAUAGACUGUAUAUACUAUGGACAACUUGGUUCCGCCUACCGCCUGUACGGAUUUGAAGCCAAAUAGCUCUCGAUUGCUGUGUCCGAAUUGCCCGCUCGGAUACUACAUGCUACUGCUACAUACUACUGCUAGAUCCUACUCCUACAUACUAAACACGUUGGCCCAAUUCGGACACACUAGAUGAGCGGUGGGGAAAGACGACCCCCGCAGGCAGAGAGUAGGUACUGCGCCCGUGCAGACAGUGGUAACUGAAGCCCCUCAUCUGCUGGCCUGGCUAUAUAGCUGAGCAGAUAAGGAAAUAAUCGUUCACUUUGUUAUACAAGCAUGACAUUUGGUACAUAUACGCUUCAAACCCCACUCUUUUCAAAAAUAACGUUAGCCACGCAAAAUUCCAAGAUGGCGGCCCCAAAAUCCAAGAUGUCCGCCCCAAAAUGUGGUUUUUCCUUUAUAACUCAAAAUGACUUGAUAUUUAGCCCCAUACAUAUAUUGAAGUUGAAUAUAAAGUUGGGUAUUGCGGACAUUUUGGUACCUAAUACAUCUCUGUAUCCAUUACGGUUCUUGAGAUACAGCAUAUAGACAUUUGUACAGAAUUUGGAGAGUGAGACAUUUGUAACACCGAUUGUUGUUACGUGCAUAUGGUUAUAUGAAAAUAUCAUUUCCAUUAUCUGUUAUUUUCAUUAGGGUUAUAACAUUAAAUUUGAGAAACAAGAUGGUGUCCAAGAUGGCUGCCAUUGCCUUGAAGUAAUCAUGAAUUCAGCAGAGAUGAAUCAUGAAUUCAGAAGAAUGAAACUUAUCAUAAAAGGUUAAAAAUUAGGCAUUUUGUGACAAUUUUCUGAUUUUUGUUAUGCUGUUAGGUAUGUGUAUAAGGUUUAAAAAAACACCGCAAACGAUAUGGGUGCGCCCCCUAGUGGUUUGUUUGCCCAGAAUCCAAAAUUCAACACCUCAGUUUGAAACCCAAAAUAAGCGACAGAGGAGAUUUUUCAAUGGAUUCUGUUACUACUGGGUAUGGGAGGUGGGGGGGGCACUUCACUUAAAGGGCAACUAAUCUCUGGCUACUUGCGGGGGAGGCCACGUGGAGGCUGUCUCCCCCCCCCCCCCCCCCCUUUUUUUUUGUGGCUUUUUUAAUAAAAUCUCUUCUAUCACUUUUUUUGGGUUUCAACCAUAUACUAAACUAUCUAACAUUGGAUACCAUGCAAACCGACCACUAGGGGAUGCACUCAACUCCUUUGAGGUGUUUUUUUAAAAACCUUAUACCCAUACCUAACACUAUACUAAAAUUCAGAAGUUUACAAAAUUCCCUAAUUUUUCCUGAUCCCAUCUAAGCUAAGUACAGAAUUUAGACGUUGAUAAAAGCAGGUAUUUUAGUACCAUGUGCAUCUAUUACAGUUUGUAAGAUACAGCAUACUUACUGUGAGUUACAUCUCACAGUUGCAACUGCACAGAGCUGUACACAUGAGACCCAAUUUGUAGCACUUGCACCUGCCACAACAGCCAGAUUUACAGCCACAUUUGGUGAGCUGUUUGCAUGUCUUGGCUAUUGCAGAGUUGGCUGUCCAGAAGACCUGCCAUUCCUCACCAACCUUUUGACAUCCCCAUUCUGCAGGGUCCUCUGCUUCUGGCUGACACUGGGUUGCCUGGGCCCACUCACAGCCAGCCUGAUAGGCAGCACGCCUGGUGUGUUGGAGUAGAGCUGCUCUGGUUUCUGGCAAACAAGUCAAGCCUGGCCUCAUCCACAGUAGCAGCUGUGCUGGAUCUGUCAUACAUGAGAAUGACAAACUUCUCAAGCACCUCUAUGUCGCAGUCCUCCACUGUGGGAGGGUAAAUAUCCAGUUUGGGGAAUACAGUUAAGGAUUCUGGAGAUAUGUCCCAUGUAUGCCAAGCCAUUUUCUUGCCUUUGUUGCGGGAGGCAGACACAGUGUCACAUCCUGUAAAGGCAUGGAAGAAGAGCAUGCCUUUGACCUUCUCCUGGCCAACAUGCUGAAAUACACUCACCGGCCACUUUAUUAGGUACACCUGUCCAACUGCUCGUUAACACUUAAUUUCUAAUCAGCCAAUCACAUGGCGGCAACUUAGUGCAUUUAGGCAUGUAGACAUGGUCAAGACAAUCUCCUGCAGUUCAAACCGAGCAUCAGUAUGGGGAAGAAAGGUGAUUUGAGUGACUUUGAACGUGGCAUGGUUUUCACGCACAACCAUCUCUAGGGUUUACAGAGAAUGGUCCGAAAAAGAAAAAAUAUCCAGUGAGCGGCAGUUCUGUGGGCGGAAAUGCCUUGUUGAUGCCAGAGGUCAGAGGAGAAUGGCCAGACUGGUUCGAGCUGAUAGAAAGGCAACAGUGACUCAAAUAACCACACGUUACAACCAAGGUAGGCAGAAGAGCAUCUCUGAACGCACAGUACGUCGAACUUUGAGGCAGAUGGGCUACAGCAGCAGAAGACCACGCCGGAUGCCACUCCUUUCAGCUAAGAACAGGAAACUGAGGCUACAAUUUGCACAAGCUCAUUGAAAUUGGACAAUAGAAGAUUGGAAAAACGUUGCCUGGUCUGAUGAGUCUCGAUUUCUGCUGCGACAUUCGGAUGGUAGGGUCAGAAUUUGGCGUCAACAACAUGAAAGCAUGAAUCCAUCCUGCCUUGUAUCAACGGUUCAGGCUGGUGUGGGUGGUGUCAUGGUGUGGGGAAUAUUUUCUUGGCACUCUUUGGGCCCCUUGGUACCAAUUGAGCAUCGUUGCAAUGCCACAGCCUACCUGAGUAUUGUUGCUGACCAUGUCCAUCCCUUUAUGACCACAAUGUACCCAACUUCUGAUGGCUACUUUCAGCAGGAUAAUGCGCCAUGUCAUAAAGCUGGAAUCAUCUCAGACUGGUUUCUUGAACAUGACAAUGAGUUCAUUGUACUCAAAUGGCCUCCACAGUCACCAGAUCUCAAUCCAAUAGAGCAUCUUUGGGAUGUGGUGGAACGGGAGAUUCGCAUCAUGGAUGUGCAGCCGACAAAUCUGCGGCAACUGUGUGAUGCCAUCAUGUCAAUAUGGACCAAGCUCUCUGAGGAAUGCUUCCAGCACCUUGUUGAAUCUAUGCCACGAAGAAUUGAGGCAGUUCUGAAGGCAAAAGGGGGUCCAACCCGUUACUAGCAUGGUGUACCUAAUAAAGUGGCCAGUGAGUGUAUGUCAUGCACACUGAUCCAGCGCAAAGUCUGACCUUGCCCAAAUGCAAGCCACAUAUGCUGUAGGCCAGCCUCUUGGAGACCGCUGAAUACACUUAUAGCUAAGAUCAGAACAUCUGUGUCAUUUGCCUUGAUCAUGAUGGAUUGGCUACCAGUUGCAUGUUUGGUGUGCACAAAGAUGCGGCUGUCCACUUCCUCGUGAGAGCAUUUAUCCAGUCCAUCAAGACCAGUUGCACGAGUGCUGAGGACAGCAGGUCCCUUUGUGACGAUGAUGGUAUUUAGGGCAAACAUUUGUGCAACCUUGUCGGCAAGGGUGGGACAACUCUGUUUUGUUGUCAUUGUGCCUCAGGAAGUUAUGCCAGUUAGAUAGCAUGGUGUUCUUAUUUGUUACCUUGCGUCUUCCCCCCUGGCCACGUUUGGACCUGGUCUCAGCUUUAAGGCUUGAUGGGUUUUACACAUCAAACACCAGAUGUGUCAUUGUGUACUUGCUGGAGUACAUGUAGAUCACAGGUAGGAAGUCGAGAGCUGCAUAGUCCUCAAAAGUCUUGGAUCUUUUUGGUGGCAGGGCGUGGUCCAAAGCUGACCCAUCUACAAUGAGAAUGUCUGCCUCAGGUUCCUUGUCAACUGGUGGGACAUAAUUCUCAAGGAUAGGGGUCAGAUGAGACUUCUGGGAAGUGUACAAUUUUCCACCCGUUGCUCAAUGCAACAGGGAAGGACUGGUUCUCAUGCUGAAAGAACUCCUGGAGGUCAUGCUGAGUUACACAGCAGUGAUAUCACCAGUGUGCCCUGGUUGUGUGCCGAUACUCACUCUAUUACAUCUGCAAGCUUGUACUGUAUAAACAUCUAAAUUCUGUACUGCAAUGGCCCCAUUGGAUGCAUAGACCAAAAAUAUGUGCAUGCCAAAAGUUAAUGUUUCAUAGUCACUAAGAUCGGAUUACUUCAAGGCAAUGGCAGCCAUCUUGGACACCAUCUUGUUUCUCAAAUUUAAUGUUAUAACCCUCAUGAAAAUAACAGAUAAUGGAAAUGAUAUUUUCAUACAACCAUAUGCACGUAACAACAAUCGGUGAUACAAAUUUCUCACUCUCCCAAUUCUGUACAAGUAUCUAUAUGCUGUAUCUCAAGAACCGUAAUGGAUACAGACAUGUACUAGGUACCAAUGUCCGCAAUACCCAACUUUAUAUUCAACUUCAAUAUAUGUAUGGGGCUAAAUAUCAAGUCAUUUUGAGUUAUAAAGGAAAAACCACAUUUUGGGGCGGACAUCUUGGAUUUUGGGGCUGCCAUCUUGGAAUUUUGCGUGGCUAACGUUAUUUUUGAAAAGAGUGGGGUUUGAAGCGUAUAUGUACCAAAUGUCAUGCUUGUAUAACAAAGUGAACGAUUCGGGCUAUAUUAUGCAUUUGUCCGCUCCACUAAUAGUACUGCAGCUGUGCAGUUUAAUGAUGGAAUAAGUGAGCUUUACUUCCAUGAUGUCGCCACAUAUUUGCUCAUAAAAUGAUUACCUGGGCAAAUAUGACACCAUGACAUGACAAAGAGAUACAACCGCACAUUUUUUAGGACAGUGUGUGAAGUUACAUGAAACCGCCAUGGUGCGCGCUGCUGUGGCCAGCCGGCGUUCGCGACCCAUCUAUGCUGGUGGCGCUAGCAUCACAUGCGCUUCUACAACUUUUAAGAGGACGAAGAAGAAGCCCGCGGUGCAUUUUGGGUCAGUAGCAUGCCCGUAGGAUGCACCGCGACCAACCUACAAUGUGGGCGUGUCUAGUAUCUGAAGUAGUAUCUGAAGUAGCAUGCUACUCGCUCCGGUGGCCAAUUUGGACAUGCUAGAUACUACUUCGACUACUACUUGGCAAUUCGGACACAGCUGAUAUAUCCGGGAUUAUUCUUCAUUUCCUGAAACCAGCGCUGCGCAGUAGCGAUACGCGCAUUCGGCCGCGCAGUCGCCGUGGGUCGCUCGGCUCUUUUUUAAAAUUUUUAAAAUUUAUUUUAUUUUUUUAUUCCACCACACACAUAAUACAAAGCACACCACACACUAUUUACAAAUGUACAGUAAUUUACAAAGAAACAGAAAAAACAUUCAGGGUAUCUCUGUUAAGUUCAUAACAUAAAUCAUAUAAUUCCUAAGGCUUCACAUAUUUGCACAGUUUUGAUUGCUUUUUGAUUCUUGAGUCCUGUCAAUGUCCCAAUAUAAUGUCUAUAUAUGUGUCUUAUAUAUAUAUAUGUCUUAUAUGUCUAUGAUAAUAAUAUAAUGUCAUUAGUUCUCAAACCUGAUACAUGAGAGAAGACAUUCAGACAUUCUAAGGCUUUUUUCACUUCACAUUCGUUUUGUAAAAAGAUUGUAGUGUCAUCUGCCAGUUGACAGCACUUCAACUCCUCUCCAUCCAAUUCUAUACCUCAAAAGUGAUAUUUCUUAAUAUAUAAAGCCAUUGUUUGCAUAAUUAAUUAAAAUAGAAAGGGGGCAAUAGAAUCUUCUUGUUAAAUCCCUCUAUCGAUAUUGAAUCUAGGUGUGGUCCCAUAUGGUAACUUUAUUGAACUAUUACAACCAACAUAUAAAGUCUGAACCGCUUGUUUAAAAUAAUCACCAAAUCCAAAGAAAUCCAAUGUAUUGAACAAAAAUGUAUGCCCGACCGUGUCAAAGGCUUUAUAAAAAUCCACAAACAAAAUGAAACUAUUACCAGAGAGUAAUUCAUUAUAAUCAACUAGGUCUAGAAUUAGGCGGAUGUUAUUAGAAAUAUGUCCUCCUUUCAUAAAACCUGACUGACAGUCAUCAAUGAUUGUAUCAAGGCAGGGCUUUAGUCUCUGAGAUAAUAUCAAAGACAAUCAUUUAGCGUCGUUAUUUAUCGGGGUUAUUGGUCUCCAAUUAUCGAUUUUUAAAGCAUCUUUACCUGGCUUUGGGAUUAGAGAAAUAAGACCUUGAGACAUAGUUGCAGGCAUCCUUCCCAAAUCAAUUGCCUUCUUGAAAACGCCUAAAAGAAAUUCUGAAAUGUCUUCCUGAAAUACUUAGAAUUCACCAGUUAAACCAUCGUUACCUGGUGACUUAUUGUCUAUUAAUUUAGAGAUGCAUAAUUUAAUUUCAUAUAAUGGGAUCUUUCCAUCACACAUCUUUUUAGAUUCCUCACCUAUAGAUUUUGCAUUUUGCUUAAUAAAUGAAAGAAAAUUCUGUAUCAUCAACAUAAUAAUUUCUCUUAUACAGUAAUUCAUAAAAUUUUGUAAUAAAUUGCUUGAUCUCGUUGGGCUCUUCUGUAAUCCGGCGGUCAUUAAUAUUCAACUUAACUAAGGAGGACAUUUCAACAUUUCUUUUUUCCAGAUUGAAUAAGUAUUUUGUGUUCUUCUCCCCCUCUUCUAACCAUUUUCUCCUCGAUCUUACAAAGGCCCCUCUCGCCUUUUGUUCAUAUAUGAGGUCCAAUUGUAGGUGCAACAUGUUCAAAUUAUCCUUGUCUUGAUGACCUAAAUUUUCCUUACCAUGUAUUGCAAUAAUUUCUUUAAUAAUAUUAUCUUCUUUUACCCUUUUAUGUUUUGCAAUUUCUUUACUUCUCUGAAUAGCCAUUUUCCUAAUGUCAUAUUUCAUAUAUUCCCAUUGCCCACCAUAGGAAUUCAGAUUUUUAGCUUUGUUCCAGCAGUCCUUAAUACACAAUCUGACAUUAUUCAAAAACUUAUCAUCUUUUAGGAGCAUAUUGUUUAAUUUCUAGUAGCAAAAUGUUGGUUUGCUUCCUCUCACUGUGUCACUCAAGUUUAUUGAUAUAUAAAUUAGGUUGUGGUCUGUGAGGACUGAUGGUUCUAUUUUUACAUCCAGAAUUUGGUUUUCUAAAUCUCUAGAUACCAACCAAAAAGCAAUCCUUGACUGUCUAGACCUAUCUUUAGUGCACCACGUAAAUUGCAUUUUAUCUGGAUUCCUGUGUCUCCAUAUGUCAAAACAGUUCAAAUUUAAGCAGAGGUUGUCCACUUUAGCAGUAUGAUUAGCUCUUUUAGGCCUUGGUGGAGUACAAUCUAUUAAAGGGUCUCUUAUAGAGUUCUGGUCUCCUCCUAAAAUGAUCUUUGCAUUAGGAAAUGUACUUAUUAAAUUGGAUAUCUCCUCUUCCAACUCCCAAAAUAGUGCUCUAUUCUGUAAACUAUUGUUUGUAGCAUAAAUGUUACCCAUGAUGAAUACAAUGUCCCUUUUCUCCAACACUAAAAUUAGCCAUCUUCCAUAUUCAUGUGCUUUACUUUUCAGAAUAUUACCACUAAAUUCUCCUCUCAAGAUUGCCUCACCUGCAGAUGUAUUAGAUCCGUAUGACAUCCAAAUAUUAUCGCCCCAUUGAUUCUUCCAAAAAUUGUAAUCCGAUUUUAUUGCAUGAGUUUCUUGUAAAAGGUAAAAACCAGCUUUAAGUCUCUUACAAAACAAAAAGAUUGCUUUUCUUUUCGAUAUAUCUCUGAUACCCCGAACAUUAAUUGAACACACUGAUAAAGACACUUUCCUUCAAAUGAAACUGAAAAAUAAGAAAAAACUAAAAAGUGAAACUAAAAAAAAGAGACUGAUUUACAAAUGACUAUUUACGAUUCCCUCAGGAUAAAUUUGAUCAUUGCACUGUCUUUUAAUGUUUCAUAUUUUGGCCCAAAAUUAGUGAAAUUAGCAUAAACCUCGGUGUUUGAACCAUAGACUGUAUGUACUAUGGACAACUUGGUUCCGCCUACCGCCUGUAUACAGAUUUGAAGCCAAAAAGCUCUCGGUAUUUCCGGAAUUUUUCUUCAUUUGCUGAAACCAGCGCUGCGCAGUAGCAAUGCGCGCAGUCGCCGAGAGUCACUGUGAUGACGCUCAGCUCAAACAGCGUAUCCCCCGGGUGAACUACGCAAUCCCUGAACGCCCAUAGGCUGUAUCAGGUGUCAAUCAUAGAAAACACGAACCCCCUAAUAACUUUUAAAAACGGAGCUUCACAGAAAAAAGAGGACUUGAGCACAAACCAGUCUUACAAUAACUACAUGUCAACAUCACAAGCAGGGGGGAGAAAAAUUUAUGUUCUGUGUAAUAAAUUUCUAAAGUUUGUCCACAGCUCCAUAAGCUUUGCUGGCGGAGGCGGGAUUUAUGACCUAUACUGCAGCCCAUCAACAGAGGGUGCUGUUCUCGGAGUGGCUUUACUCAGCGAGGAGGCAGACUCUGUCCAUUCUAUAUACAGUCUAUGCCUUAGACACCCCCGGUUAUCUCCACUAAAGAGGGGCGUGAGAUAGGGGUCAUUAAACUACAUCAGUUUGAGACCUGAACUGAGUCAGAGAGCAUGAAUCAUGAGUGCCGGGUGGACUUUCAUCACAACAUUACUCCAUUUUUCUGCAUGAAGUUUAUUUGAGUUGUUUUCCAUUGUAAAGUUAUGUUAGGUGAUAAUAACCGUAUCCUCAGAGUUGUAAAAAAACACGUGCAGAAAUCGGCUAAACUUCCUUUUUUGUUGUGGACAGUAGUGGCCUGUUGUUUUUCUUCUGUUGUUUUCCUUUAUAGUUUUACAGAAACUAUCUGAUCACAAGGACACUAACUUUUUAUAUCAAAAACUAGCUUUGUAACCCACGGUGAACUGAGAUCUUGGAAGAAAUGUUUGGAUCAUCGACUGUAUAUAGAAUACAUACAAUAGACAGUCUAUGGUUUGGAUGCAUGUUCACUCAGGGGCUGUUGUUUCUAAGUCAGCCAGAGAGAUUCAUUUUUGAGGAACUUUGACCUUCUGUUUAUUAAGUGCACAAAAUACCAGUCCCAUUAACCUGCAGCCCAAACAAUGCUGUUCAGCACUUGUUAAUUGUUUUAUUCAGACAUUUUUCUUACUAUUUUCUUUUAGAAAUAUGAAAAAAAGACUGCAAAAUACUGAAGAUAAUUCUUAGUUCUACAAUACAGUAAAACAUUAAUGGUUUGGUUGAGCUUAUUAAAGCAGAAGUUACACAUUUUUAAAAAUGUUUAAUUGCUGCAACCUUACCCUGAUCGAACACAAAUCACAAACAACUUUUUUUAUGGUCAACAGUUCAUUCUCUCCAGUGUCUCUGUCCUUCAGGUGUCUGACAGCGACAUUCAACCUUUAAAGCCACAACCAAAACGCAGACGCAUUCUCAACCCCUCAGCAAUCGUCCCAGUGCCUGUCUACUCCAGCAAGGUUGCACUCAAUAAAUACUGUUUGCAUUGAUAACAGUCAGAGCUGCCGAGAGACAGCGACUGACAGUGUAUCAGUGAUGAUACAUUUGAAGCUUAGAUAACAAUGAUUACGAUUAUUCCAGAUGUUGUUAUACAGAUAUUUUUUCAUGGUAGCAUUAUAGUGUAUGUAAGCUGUCAGGUUUUGUGCUCAGGUUAGCAGCAGUCUUCAGUUGAAGCCAACAGCACCUGUUCUGACUGAAGCUAAGAACACAGGUGAGGUUUUAUCAGUUGCAGUCAAAACCAGCGUUUGAUUUUUGUCCUGAAAGGUUAAUUGUUUUUGUCUCUAAAUAGCGGACAGUGAAGAUGACAGCCUGUGGUCUGAGUUUUCAUCACGAAAGCCAUCAGCAGCCGUCGUCACCCUCAGUGACAGUGAGGAAGAAGAAACAGAACAAGCAGAGAGGAAAACAAAGCUGUAAGAACCUCAAAAGCAGCUUUAUCAACCAAUUGAAUCCUUUCUUUUUUAUUAUUCAUCUUUUAUCAGGAAUUCAUCAGAGAAUUUAUAAUCAAAACAAACAUGGUACAAAAAUAAAUUAUCAGACACAUCACCUAAACUCUAAAAAGACAAAAAAAAAUGUCAUGACUGACAUACUAUAUAACUUCAGAACUGCACCUUUAACUAGGGCAACUAGACGUCCCUGAUUUGGAUGACCUCUCCCCAGCUCAAGCUGUCCCUAGAAAUGUCCUUGAUUUUACCAUUUAAUGAACAAGAAAAAAUGUUACAUGUAGAGUGGAACAACGGUCAUUACAUUAGCUGGGCAGGUUGGAAGCAUGAGUGAGCAUGUAGCGCACAAUCCUGAACAACAGUUAUUACGGGGGGGACUACCAAGUAGAAGUAAGUUGUUGUCUGGGAUCACAUCGCCGAUGAAUCCCCCCUCCCCUCCAGAAAAGCCCAGAAUCAAAUUUGGUUUAACCCAUGCCUGAUUUUUGCCCUAUUCUGGAGAUUCUCUUUCCCCAGCAGAAAACAAGCACAGAUGAAAAAAAGUAUGCUGUUCAUUGAUGACUCUGCACUUGGAAGAUUGAAGAACAACAAAAUGAAUCCGAACCAUUCGUAACAUUCUUCAUCUUUAUUUCAGAGAAGUCAUCCGCUGUAACUCUCCCUCUCCUCCAGACAGUCCUGUCAAUAAACACUCCAGACAGUUUCUGCGGAAGAUCAGGUAAGUCUAGCCUUUUUACAUCUUGUGAAUUUACAGCUUCAUACCAAAUAAGAAGGUUAGUAGCUUUAAUCAAUAGAGCAAUGAUCAGAGUGUAAGACGGUUUCAGCAGUGUCAAAUCAGGAUCUGAACAUUUGGAUAAAACGUCAGUGUGAAAAGUGUUCUGGUUUCUCUUAUCUGUAUGGUUUCAGUCUGAGAAGUGCUUAUCAGUCUCAUGCAUGGAGGUUUUGGUGUAUGUAAGAACAGCAGGAUUAUUUUUAGACAAAUUUGUCUGCAAGUGCAACUAACAAUCCAUUCCAGGUUUGGAAAGAAAACACUGAGCAUCAAGUUUGUUGUUGCAAAAACCAAUGGACGUCUCGAUUUCCUGACUUCUUGGAAUGCACCAGGAGUUGUUGAUAGCACCUGUGUUCUAUAAAUUAGUAGUUUUAAAGUUUUCUUUGCCUCUUUGGGAAACUCAUUUAUAGGUUUUUUUCAGAUCUGCAUAAUUAUUUUGCUACCUCAGAAAAUUCAACACCUGGAAGCUUAUCACAAAAAGAUCAGUUUCUGUAACAGCUCAUUAAAAAACUGUAGUUUUGUUGUUUUUUUGCUGCUCUUUCAGAUGAGAGAAGAACUGUGGCAGUGAUGAUGACUACAGUAUUUAUAAGAACCUCCUUAAACUCCUUGUAUUGUAAGGUCACGAUUAAUGAAUUAGAUGAACCUCCAACAGUUGACACUUGGGUGUGUUUUCAUCCCUUAGUGAGUUCAACCAAAAGCUCCAGGCAGUAAACUCCCUUCUGGCUCCUGAACCUCAGAACACAGGCUCCAGGCGACGCAGAGGUCCUCCGUCUCCGGAAGAUGAUGAUGUUGUCAUAAUGAGCCCCCAUGAUGAUGAUGUUGUCAUCUUGAACACAAAACGUGAAGUUCAGAGUUCCCCAUACAGUUCUUCAGUCAAAGUGAUUCCCCUGAAGGUCCGCUGUCGAACAGACAUCCACAAGAUCCCGGUGCUGUCGGUGCGUACCCAGAGAUACCACUUAGAAGUUACAAGCAUGUAGCCAGCAGCUCCAUCAUUGAGUUAGUGUUUGUGUUUUAUAGUCGACACCUUUAAGUGACGUGGUGAGGCAGCUGUCCAACAUCCUCAAGGUUGCCCCUCCUCGCCUCCUGUUGAUGAGGGAGAACAUGGAGCUUCCCACAGACUCCACAGUCAGUGAGCUCGGCCUUGGCAUUGCAGAUAUCAUAGGUAGGUCACAUGAACUUAUGGUGGGUUUUUUUGUUUGUUUUUUAGGUAUUGUUAUUAUGAAUUGAUUUUAAUUUAUUGAUUUAAAAUAUACAUCAAGUUUUUAUCAAUUCCAUGAAAUGUAUCUGAGCACUUAAAAAGUUUAGCUGAUUCAGAUUCUGUUUGUGCUUUCUCCCCCUAAAAGAGCCCUGGUGCUUUUACUUUGUUUGAACACUUGAUGCCACAAAAUCAUUACCAUCAAGCAAACCUCUCACAUCCAGCUCUGAACUGAUGGUCUAAAGCCUGUGUCCAGAAAUAGGCUUCAACAUAACUCAAGCCUCACAAUAGUUAAUCCCAUUAUGGUCAUAGUGAGGGAAUAUCUCCACUUAAAGAAUCAUCGCUCUUUCCAGCCACACCACUCUGAGGGUUCAUGGCAGUAACUGUAAACAGCGUUCAUCCGGACUUUUUCCUUCUUUAAAAAAUGACCAAAGAAAAGCUUUUUUUCAUAUGUUUUUAACAAUGAAAUAAAAUGUUAGUUGAUAUUUUAAAAGUUUAAAACUUGAUAAAGGUUUUGAGGCGUGGAUGUUUGAGGGAUACAGUUAUCUGGCGUUCACUUUGUGACUGUACCUGUAACUGACAAGUCAAGCAGCUAUUGAAGAAACCACGGGUUUCCGGUUUUGGAGCCAUUUCCAGAAACUUGGCAAAUUUGUUAUCAUAAAGCAUUAUCUGAUGCAAGCAUGUUUACAGGUGGAAGAGAGCCAAGUACACAAAGUCCUGCAGAUGAGUAAAAGACUAUGGCCACCCUCGAAGUUGGGUGUUUUGCCAUUAGAGAAGAAGUAGUUCUUUCUCACAGCCGGUAUGCUCAGUCUGAUCUAAACUCAACACGUGAAACAAAGGUCAAGAACUGAAUAACUGGAUGACUUUGAUCCUAGUUAAAGUCCUCCUGGUGGCAGGGGGAAAUGUCAUGCUGUUGCUGUAUGAGCUAAAUCUCUGUGAGCGCUGAAAAUGCCUGCUACGUUUUUUCUCAGAAUAACCUCGAGAUUUUGGUCUUCAUGUGGGCCAGAUUUUUUAUGAAAUUUUGAAUAUGAUAUGAUUCUCACCAUCAAACUUAAAACCAUCCCAGCUUAGUCCCACUUUAACACAUCUGCACGGACUUACCUGAACUUGUGAGGGCUCCCAGCCUGAACGCAUCCGUUUUUGAAAAUUUGCAUAAAAAUGCAGCACCACCUGCAGGCAACAGGAAGGUACUGUCUCCACUUUAACAUUGUCAAAUCCUAACUGGCUGGCCAAAAAUUUCUCAACAUUCCAAGACCCUCCCCAUGUUUCCUUCAAGGUCUCAUAAUUCUACAACAAAUGCAGUCAUCUUAGCAGGAACUAGUUUUUAGAACUGCAUUUAUUACUGAUAGAAUCACCAAAUGUUGUACACACAGGUGUCCACUGAAGUCCUGAGACAUUUGAUAUCGGACUGGUCAUUUGGUGUGGCCUAUUCAAUUUGUCAUGUCUCCUUUUUUUUUUUUUUUUUUUUUUUUUUAAGCACCAUGGUUAAUUUAGAAAGAUGGGCUUAUACAAAACUACAGACAAGUCUUUAGAAUUCCAUUAAACCAACAGGAAGUCCAUCAUUAAAACCCUUUGCUUUUAUACACAACAGUGAUACAGCAACUUUCCCCCUCAGAUAAUAAAUCCAGAGAGAACUAUGAAUGCCUACAACUCCAGUUCCUCAGUCAGUCAGAUAUUAUUAUAUUAUUCCAUAGUGUUAUAACAUGCAGUAUUUUAUGCUCAGUAGUAGUGAAGAAUUUAUACUUAAGACUACAAGAAUGGCUGAAAUAAAGAAUUCAAUGUGCAGAAAAAAAAAACUAAUUUCCAGUUUCUUCUCUUUUGUCACGCAGAAUGUGACGUGAUGGCAGCAGAGAAGCACAGUGAAUUAGACAGCAGCAACAUCACUGUGAGGCUGCAGAGCAAAGACAGAGCCUCCUCACAGGAGUUCUCUCUGCACAGGGUCUGUAUCUCAUUUUCCUUCUUUUCUUUAUUAUCAGCACUGUGGUUAUGUUGGCAGCCAAACGAACAAAACAUUAAUGUAAUGACCCGUGUGUGUGUGUGUGUGUGUGUGUGUGUGUGUGUGUGUGUGUGUGUGUGUGUGUGUGUGUUGGCUCCAUCUUUUCCCGGUACAUGUCCAACAUGUCAACUGCUGACAAGAGAAAAGUUCGCUUCCACUUUGACGGUUCCAAGGUGAGAGACAGCCAGACGCCAGCUCAGCUAGACAUGGAGGAUGGUGACGUCAUUGAAGCUUGGACUUAGAGCUUUGGGUUCAUUUUAAAUCAUAGUUGUGUAUAUGAAAUGUUGACUAGUUUGAUAGUCCAUUAUUUGCAAAUGUUCAUUUAUUUGUAAAAUAACAAAGAGCCAACAUUUAAGAUACAAAAGAUAGAUUUUUAAUCUCUUAGUUGUUCCCACUCCCAGUGGUGCCAAACACUCUGCUGCCUGCCUCCUCUAUGAUUUACUUGUACAUUUGAAAGUCUUCAAUUAAAUUUAGUUUUUUCAGAC